GCAGGAGACGGUAGUGUAGCUGGCCGGUUCGUAUUCAGUUAACUGCAGUCGGUGGUAGAACUCGGUCUUGUUGUCUAUACAGUCUGAUCUGGGGUUUUUUGUUGUUUGUGGAUUGUAUUAGCGGAAAUUCGUGCUUAUUGGAUUAUUUCCGGCGUCCUUGAUUCCGGUGAUGCGUACUUUGUAAAAUUGAUUUGACCUCGUAGCCCAACGGUCUUUGUCGUGUUUGACCGAAUAGCAAAAAGCGCACGAACGGUAAAAAAACGGAUCAGGUGGUUGCACGUGAUGGGAUAGUGCAGCUCGUCGGUGGAAAUCUCUUUGGUUGGCUAGUUCAGGUUUAAACCUCAUUGGGCCGUUUUUUCUAGUUUUUGACUCUUCUUCGAGAGCGGAAACGGUCAGCGCAUCCGUUGCCUCGGGCUUUAGACUACGAGACGUAAUGGAUAUCUAUUCUGAUGCCGCUGAUCCGGUCUGCUUGAAGCCGGCGAAAUUAAAAACAAUACGACUGAAUCGACGACCAGGCGUCCCAUAUUUUGGAUUUGGGAUACGUGGAGGCCGCGAAUAUGGUUUGGGAUUCUUUGUUACCAAAAUUGUACCUGGUAGUGAAAGCGAGCUGCAAGGAUUAAUGGUUGGAGAUCAGGUAAUCCGCAUUGAUGGCAUGCGAGUAGAAGAAGCAUUACAUAAAGAGAUGCUUAAUUUCAUCCGAUCAAAAUCCCACGUCACCUUGUCAGUUAGAAGUGGAGGCCUCGUCCCAUUUUACGAGUGUACCAAUCACGCUCUAUCGUGGCAACCGGUCAAGACCGACCGAAUCCACCAUCCGGUCUUGUCAACAUCAUCUUCGUGGAGUUGUAGCGAAGUAGCGACUUCAUUCGCCAGCUUGACUCUCCGCUCAGACAAUAAAGGAAGAUUCGGAUGCAGUGUCUGCGAAGGCCCACCGCACAGACGAGGAGUCUACGUUCAAACGACAGAAGAAGGAAGCGUCGCCAGGGUUGCCGGAAUCAAAUCCGGUGAUCGGAUUCUCCACUGCAACGGCAUGGAUAUGACCUCCGUGGAUUUCGAUGAGGCGGUAUCCAUGCUGAGAGAAUCGACUGUUUUGAAUUUGAUUAUCAGCCGAGGGGCUGGUAGUGAUUUCAUUUCACCUGGUGAAUCUUCCGGCUACAAUAGCGCCGCGUCUUCCAUCAACGGCGACCAAAGCCCAUUGCAGAACGGAAAACAGAAACGUCUCUCCGUCGUCAGAGAAGAAAUGAUUGACGUCAUUGAUGAAAGACGAGGCAUAGUGGUCGGCACCGCGACAGUCGAUUUCCGCCGCCGGAACGACAUGGAAUGGAAUCGACAUGACCACAACGACCAAGAAACGAUUCAUCAAGACGUUCACCAAUGGAACCGAACAUCUAUUGUUUUAGAGGAACAAGAAGAACGAAAGCGGCUGCAAGAAGAACGCCGGCGGAUUCAAGAAGCUCACAAAUUACUGGCGGAAGAAAAGGAGAAACUUGCCAGAGACCGCCAACAGCUUGAAGACGCCAGAUUUCAAUUACUAAACGGAACAGUUUCGUCGCAGAAAAAGCCCAUUCCACCACCACCAACGAGGACUUAUGUGGAACCGGAAAAGGUGGUUAAGUCAGUUGGUGGAGGUACCGUUCACGAGCAAUUAAUGGAAGAGUUCAAACAGAAAAUGGUAUCGCUAAAGGCCGUAGACGUCAGCGUCGACAGCCCGACUAGACAACCGGUUAGUCAGGUAGGUAAAGUCAAAGAAAUUCCGGCAUCGAACACGCACCUGCCAUUGAAAACGAGUAAAUCCGCACCGCCAGCACCUCCUCCACCGCCGCCGUUGCCGACAGGUGUGACUAUCGCCGCACGGAAAAAACCAGCACCACCGCCACCCGUGCCAGUUCCCGAUUACGAUCUUUCUGAAAAGCCCCGAAAGAUGGAUGAAUCCGGACAAGAUGAGAAGGACGGAACUACUCCGACUACUAUACGCAGCAAACCGGAAGGAACUAAGCCAGCUGUACGAGUGUCGAUUGGUACAUAUCAAGAAUUGCGACCUGAACCUACGAAAUUGGAUUUCUUGCCGCCGAAGAGACAUAGUGUAUCACCUGGCGGAGUAGGAAAGUCGUUGGACGGGACCAUCAAGAACCAGUUACACACGGAAUUGAAUCAAACACUUUCUCGAGCCCGUUUGAGGCAGCGACUUCCUUCCUCUGAUCUUGUUGAUGAAGAAACAAAGAAACCCCCAUCAGCUGAAAUGAGUCCUGUUUUAAAAGAAAUCUCUCCCGAUCGACCACCACCUGUCCUAUCGACAUUCAGGCGGGCUCCAUCAUCAGAUAUUCAAGCUAAAAUGGCUUCGUUGGCAGCUGCUGCCUCCACAACUUCACUUGGUGGAGGGUCGGCCCGUGAUGUAACGAUUUCUCAGUCAGCCGAUAAUAAAGUCACCAUCAAAGUCCAUCCCUACGUUUCCCGAACGGACUUUGGUCAAACAACGUACAUCGACUGUGUCCCCGUGACCGAACUCUGAUCUUCUUUUGUGUGUCGUCGAAAAUACAUCUCCUCCAGUGUA